CAGUGCGUUCGUUUAUAGAACCAAGCUUCUAAAAAUGGCGAAGCAGAAUUUUGACUUGUUUUUCAAGCUUCUUCUGAUCGGAGACAGCGGGGUUGGGAAGACGUGUAUAAUAUUUCGAUUCGCUGAGAAUACUUUCAAUCCAACUUUCAUAUCAACUAUUGGGAUCGAUUUUAAAAUCAGAACUCUAGAACUCGGUGGAAAGAAGAUAAAGUUGCAGAUUUGGGAUACUGCGGGACAAGAGAGGUUCCAUACCAUCACAACAGCUUACUACCGCGGUGCCUUGGGUAUCAUGAUGGUGUAUGACGUCACGAAAGAAAAAACAUUUCACAACAUUUCGAAAUGGAUGAGGAAAAUCGAAGAAAACGCGAACGAAGAUGUUGAAAGAAUUCUUGUUGCAAACAAAUGUGAUCUUGUGAGUCAAAGACAAAUAACAAGAGAAAGAGGAGAGACGUUGGCCAAAAAUCACGGAAUUCGACACGUGGAGACCAGCGCACUUUCCAGUGACAACAUCGAUCAUGCUUUUACUCUCCUCACACAAGACAUUUUAAACAAAGUGUGCCCUCCAGUCAGAGAAGAGAAUGUGAAAAAUGGUAAGGGCAAAAAGAAAAAGGUAAAUCUAAAGGGAUCUGCGGGCUCGCAUCACAAGUCUUGCUGUUAAAACUUUACGUCAAUCAAGAGUUUGGGUAAAUUUGUAAAUGUAAAUAUUUGUUUUUUUUCUAUCCCGGAAUAAAGAACAUCAAUGGAUAGAAAACCGUUUAUAUAAAGAAGACUUUUGGACCGAGUAUUUAACAUAUGAAGGUUUUUAAAUGAUAGUAACAUUUAUCUUCUCCAAGAAUAGUAUGUGAACUUUUGUCAAUUUAUAGUAUAGAGAAGUAUGCCAGCAGUGACGGUCCUGAAGGUACAGAUAUUGAGACAUGCACGACAGGAUUCAAACACAGGACUUGUCCUUUUGUUUUUUGGUCAUGGUUUUGGACUAGAAAGAAAUUUUGCUUGAAUUUUUAAGUUUGCCAUCGCAUAACAGUCUGUUUUAAGCUUUUCUUUGCUAUUCUUGCUUUCUCUUGGUUUAUCAGAGUACAUUUUUGUUGAGUGCGUCAGCGUAAAAACCAAAUUAACCAAUUAAUCUGUCUAAAGCGCGGUAAAACGUGAGUGGCCAUGGGGCGAUGGAUUUGCAUUUUCUUCUGAUUGGUUGAAUUUUUAGACCAAUCGAAGGCUGCCAUGAAACAAAAGCAAUCAGUUGAAAAUAAUUUUAUUGCCUUUUUGUGUUUUCUGUCUUACUUAUUUACGCUCUCCUUUUAAAACGAAGGUAGUUUUGAGCACAUUUCUUGCGACAUCGAUUCUUUCACUUCUUUUUUAGCUUCAUCGUGUUCUUUAUAUCGAGGUUGCACAACAGGUAUAACAAUUUACAUUGAGAUAUAUUUCAGAGUUUCCCGAUAUUUAUAUACGUAUUUGCGUCUGAUCUAAUUCAUCAUUAUGGAAAAAAAAAAAAAAAGUUCAGUGAGUAGAGAAAUUGUUUGAGUACAAUAGCGAUUACAUAAUCCUGAAAGUACACUCCAAACAUCGUGAUGCUAAGAACAUUUCGCGAAAAAAUAGAAUAAUUUGAUAAGUACAAAAUCUUUGAAAAAAAAAUCAAAUAUCGUACAGGAUGAGAUAUUGUGUAAAAAGAAAUGUAGAAAAAAAUCUAAACAUUAUAAUAGGUGCAUAUGCUGACUUUGUUGUAUUCUUGAAGAAUUCCAUCAACCCCUAAGGUCUGAUUGUUAAUUCUUCCCUCCUGCUCCUACACAUUUCCUUGUAAAUUAGUUACGAGAGUUUGGUGGUAGAUCAAGAUUAAGACUUCUACCUGAUAAAUUUGAAUAUUCUCAUCACCUGUUUGCUGGAUAAUGUAUGGAUAUUAUGGGGAGAAUUUACAUGUUAAUCACUUCUGAGGUUUUAUGGGGCAAUGAAAAGAUGUUUCUUAGGGAUAGAUGUGAAUUUUCAGAUCGAAGACUUGAAUUGCUUGAAAUGCCUGUUUUGAAUUUAGUUGAAUUUCUGAAACUUGAUGUUCUCUAGGUUGUUUAAACGCGAAUGCGAAACUUCAGUUACAAAUACAGGGUAUGGAAAUAGUAUAGUAUUCUAUUUUUUUAAUUAAAAACCUGUAUCCUUAUUUCGAUAUCAGGAUGUUUACUAUGCAAAGCUUGUCAAGUGAGCUAAUAUCUAAA